AUGUCGAGUCCUUCGGUCGUCUUCAAUCGCGGCUUGAGAUGUGCCAAAGUUAAACGAGUUUCUAUUCCAGUGUCUGUUCCAUCAGCAUCGCCGGGGCCAUUGUCACCGUUAGCCUCGACUUCAUUUCCUCUACUCGCAACUCCAUCGCCACAGGCAUCUUCGGCAUUAUCGGGGGCGUAUUCAACACCCUCGACUUUCUCCAUUAGGCCGUCGACGUUGCUCGGCCCUCCGGAGAAGAUCCACCCGACCAUCUCGCUGACUCCGGAGGUUCAAGUCACUUCUCCCCCGAAUGUUGGUGUUUUACCUCCCACGCCAGUGGCAUCAGCGACCUCGUCUACGGGUUCGAAGACGGAGACAGAUACGUCAACGCCUACUGUCGAUUCUAGGGUAUUCGGGGCCUCUCACAGUGCAUCAUCUUCAAUUAGCACAACACCCUCAGCAACGACAACAGCAGGGACAGGAUCCGUUGGAGACAGUUCAACUCAGAAAACAGACGGAUCCAACAAAGAUAACCUCCCCCGCGUAAUAGUCGGGAGCAUACUGGGUGUGCUUGGUUUCAUCGCAUUUGUUGCUUUAAUAUGUUUUCUUCUACUCCGGCGCCGGCGACGGAUGUAUGGCGAUACCAAAAGUCUAAGCUCGAAUGGGAAGCUCUCGCGAAUUGACCGGAGUUCUGUUCCCACAUUGACCAGUUGGGAACCGCGUCACCGUUCAGUGUUCUCUUUCCACAGUCCACCAUCCGGGCAAUCACCGCCCAACCGUCUACAACCUACGCCUACACCUGAACUGACACCUCCGAAACCAACCCUCUUCCACAACCCAUUCUCCAAGUCCACGGAAGCCUGCAUCGAGGCACAACUCGACCACCGGGGUACCCCCCCGAACCCCUUCGCAGACCCAACCUUCCAAAAUAACAACAAAAAUACCCGCCUCAGUCCAACAUGGAAACAAGUCCGCCUCUCAAAACCAAACAUCAUCGAAUGGCAACCACAAGGACAAAACAGCCUCGUCACCCCGCGCUCCCUCUACGGCAGCGACCACAGUCUGGGCAGUACAAUCAUCCUGCCUGGCCGGAAUAGCUCCGUUGGCAGUCUACAGGUGAUAAACUACCGGUUAUCGAGUCCUAGCGCAACAUCUCCACGAAUAAUUGACUUAUCAACGAGAAGGGUUAGUGCGAAGAGUGCACGGAGCGCAAGGAGUGAUCCAUUUGAUUUGGAGGUUCCCAUGGAUGCGGUGCACACGCGGGCAUAA